AUGCCCUCGAUUCAGCGACGCUGUUUUGAAACAGAUGCUGAAGCGGAAUUGUAUGAGUGGGCCAAAAAGAAUCCAUCUCCGGCUACUAUAAUGGUUAUAACCGGUCCUUCUCCACUGAAAUACUUAUCUCCUCCACUUCACGACCUACACAAAGAGGGAUACACAAUCCUUCUGGCAUAUCCUCAACGAGAUCCUGCUCCAGACUGGCUCUGGAUAGGCUUUUUGCCUAUUGUUCAACGAGAGUGGCUCUGGAAGAGCUUACUAGAAGGUGCAAUGGACUCGGGGACUGUAGAAAAUAAACAGGAGACACCAAGACUUGUUCUUUCACCCUGGUAUUGCCCAGAUUGGGACCCCUAUUUUAGUAUUCUAGGUUCGAAUCCUUUUGAAGUUAUUAAGCCGCCUGAGCCUCCAAAGGAUGACCCUGAUACCAUAAAGGCAAGCUUUGAUAUCUCAAAUUGA